UCUCAGUGCAUUCGGACGUGUGAACUAACUCUCGCGCACUCUACACACUACCUAUCUAUUUAUUCAAGCCUCAAAAGUGAUAAAAAUAAACGUGGAUUAACAUGAAAUAAUAAAAAGUCCAGUUAACACUUCCUAAAAUCUGCAAGAUUAGACACGGUGUAAGCUUAUCUACUGAAAUCUGCUCAAUACUAUACAUGGAGUGAAUGGAUAAUGAAUGCAAAUGAAGCCCGCCCUGUUUUCCCCUUCUACCCUUUCCAGGGAUUUCCAUUUCUCCCAAAACUUCCAGGAGACACGCCCCUCCAUCCCUCAAACCAGGACGGCGGGUUUCACCAUCUAGGACGAAACUACCACGCCCCACAGAGCCCGCCCUCCUCUCCUCCUGUCGGGGCCGGUUCUCUAGAUUUAUCUAGAAAAAAUGAACGGAUUUCUCCAAACUCAUUUUCAGAUAAUGACGAAGAGGUGGAUAGCAAACCAGUUAGAGACAUUUUUCAGCAAGAAAAUCAAGAAAAAGAAAACAUGAAAACUGGAAUUGAAAGCUUCCAGAACAAUCAUGACAGAUCAAGAUCAAGAUCUAGAUCCUCAGUGCGAUCACGAUCGCCGGUAAGAUCCUCGCCCUCCAGGUCCCGUGAGGGGUCACCAAAAAGUCCCCCCCGAGGAGGGGGUAUACUGCCCCCCUAUCCUUUUGGACUUUCCAGAGAAGAGCUUAUUCAACCUUUGUCAAUUCCUAGUUCUACCUCACCAGGCUUUCAUCAGAUUCCUGGCCUUUAUAUGAACACAAUGUCUUCCAUGCCGCAAGCCUCGAUCAAGUCAGAACAAAUGGAGAAGUUUCUAGCAGAUAUACCAACCUCCCAUCCCAUGUUCAGACGUCCUGAUUUCUCAUCACAAAAUCUGUCUGAAUCGCAAUAUGAAAAUCUACCAAAGAAUUUUAGCAAUCCACUUCAGAUACUCACAGAUUCCGUGAACGUUGCAAAAAUGGAAAAUCCUGCAAAAAUGGUCGAGAAUCCGCUAAAAAUUAUGGAAAAUCCGUUGUUCUCCGCAGCCCUGCAACAGCUGGCCCGAGAUACGGAGGAAAAAUCCCGAAACCUCUCACCAGCUCUCAUACAACAAGCACAAGCAAUACAGUUCCUAGCACAACUUCAAAACCUGCUCCUACUCAACCCACAGCAACAACAACAACAGCAAAACAACAACCCAAAGGACCAUCUUAAACACAGUAAAAAGAUGGGAGAGCAGAUGAGAUAUGAAAGUCCCCUACCUCCCUAUCCAACGUCAUCAAAGUUUUCCGCCCCCCACACUCAACCCUACCCCUCCCCCCACCCGCCCUUCCAGUUCCCGCCCACCUCAGGUAACGCCCAUCCUCUGGGCUGGACGAAACUUCACCAAACAGCUCGUCGGCCGAAUCGUCUGGAUUUGCCGCCGGACGAAUCGGCCAACCUGGAAGAAUUAGAAUCCUUCUCUAAAAUGUUUAAACAGAAAAGAAUAAAACUAGGAUAUACUCAGGGUGAUGUAGGACUAGCAAUGGGUAAACUUUACGGAAAUGAUUUCUCCCAGACAACCAUCUCCAGGUUCGAGGCUCUCAACCUCUCCUUCAAAAACAUGUGCAAGCUGAAGCCUCUGCUGGAACAAUGGUUGAAGGAUGCUGAUGCAAACCAUACAACACAACAGACUCAGUACAUGAGCCCCCACCUACUCUCCCCAGCUCAGCAGGAGGCGAUUAACCGCCGGCGGAAGAAAAGAACCUCCAUCGAUACAACUAUUAGAAUAGCCCUGGAGAGAGCCUUUAAUCAGAAUCCUAAACCUAGCAGUGAAGAAGUUUAUUAUAUAUCAGAGUCUCUAAACAUGGAAAAGGAAGUUGUGAGGGUUUGGUUUUGUAACAGAAGACAGAAGGAGAAGAGAAUGAAUCCUAAUUCUUCAAUGUAUGAAGGGUCCAGCCCUAGCAGCUGUUCUUCACCAUCCAGAAGUAAUAUGAGUCCAGUAGGUGCUCAGUCCUUUCCUCCUUACAGUGUAUCCCCUCCCCCUCAAUCCUCCCCUGUUCCAUUAGUCUUCAACCAUAGUAUAUUUGGACAGGAGAAUACAUCAUCACAUUCGUGAACAGUUCCUUUAAAUGUAAAAAGAUUAUUGGCGACAGUCAGUUUCUCUAAAACACCAAAAUAGUGGAGAUUCCCUUUAAUGCACUUCAAAAAUUGGUUUUAACCCGGAGAAAUAUGUAAUGUUAAGUGAUAAAGUUUUACGUUCAAAAUUUGAAAAAAAUUUCCUCAAAAAUUA